UGCUUCCCACGAUACUUAACGCGUAUGGUACGCGUGGUCAAUAAUGGUCUAUGCUUCAUUCUAAACCAUGUCCACUGCUUCGAGCUCUAAUCCGAAAACGCAAGACAAGUCUGGGCAGAAUGCAGACGAUAAAAAGAAACAGGAAGCCCGUCCCCAUCUCGGUGUUUUAGAAGAGGAUGAUGAGUUUGAAGAAUUCGCGGCUGCUGACUGGGACGACUCUCAGACCGAUCUGGCACAUCUAGGCGGAGUCGCUCCUGGUGCAGCCAAGUCUGGUGGAGACAAGCUAUGGGAGGAUAACUGGGACGAUGAUGAUAUCGAAGAUGAGUUUAGUGUGCAACUAAGGAAUGAAUUAGUGAAGACAGCGAAAGGCAACGGGGAUGCUAUGGAGCACUGAAAUCGUACUACAAGGAAUUUGUAUCAGGCACGAGCACUGCAGCGCUCUUAACCACUCAAUCAAUUCUCUCUUUCAAUCCACCUCGAUUCUUUCGAUCUGUUAAUUUUUUUGUCUUUUCGCUAACUGUCUGCGA